UGUGAUUUAGUAAGCUUAUCUUAACCUGGGAGCCAUUGAUUCGCAAAAUCUUGCGAGCUGGCAGCUGGCAACACCUGGCAUUCCAUCAGGGCCCUUGCAAAAAGGGAAACGGUUUACAAAUCGAUAGGAUCGAAAUCGGAACCUCAAUGUUCGGUGUGUAGUGAGUCUGCUCCUCUAGCGGAGGAGCAUAUCGGUGUGGUAUCGGUGUGUGUACAGUAGGAAACAGCAAAUAGAAGCAUGCAGCAGCAUCAGCAGCAGUUGUGUUGUUGUUGUAGCCAAAUCAGCUCUCGGCAGCUGCGUAGAUAGUUUUAUUCAUCAUCUCUCUUCAUCGCUCACACACGAGAGGAUCCUUUACAGUUGGAUCCGAUGGCAGCAUGUAUUCAAAGGCAAGCUUCUAAGAUCACUUCGUCACUCACUUCUAUGUUGAUCGCUCGCAAUUUCGGAGCAAUUCAUUAGAAUGAUUAUUGUGAAACGGCUUUUCGGGAUGAAUGGAAAUAGAUGCGUAUUGCUCAACGGAAUUAUCCACCACCACCAGUAGCGUCGAGUACGAACCGGAGAAGUUUAGAGAAGAAUUGGUAGUAGGAACGAUCGCUCUGAUCGGCAUCAGUAUUUUCUUCCCUUUCAGUCUUCCUUCAGUAUUGCCACUUUUAUUCAUACAACUAUCGAAAUCAUAUGUACAAUCCCAGGUUUCAGUACACUUCCUACUUCCGAUAAGGACCACCGCCAUCCCCGUUUCAAAAGUGCAAAACACAAGUAGCAAAAUUAGAAGAGCAAGAGUUUCUGGUUUCCUGUCAUCUCCCCCGCACUAUAAACCAUGUUUAUGGCAGCUCUCGUGUGAACGUGAUGGUUUUUUUUUAUAAAUUCAAUCCAUCAACACCAACGAUGAUCCUCUGUCGGCGAUCAUCGCACCUAAGAAUGACUAAAUGUGAGAGGAGGAGGAGUUAGAGAGAGUUAGUUCGAUGUUAUACCGAAUCUAAGCCAAUAUAUGUACGAUGGGAAGGAUGGACUAGCUUGGAUUAGAAUCUGCUAGCGCCAUGAACCACAGGAGGAAUGAAAGGCAUGUAGAAGGGGACGGAGACGCGUUGCGACUAUUUAUGAGGAACGGAAACAGGUUAGCUUAGAACAUUCCAUCACAAUUGUAUUUUAGUUUAGCCAGUUGAAAGUAUAUACAUACUAUAAAUAAUAUAUAUUUGUAUUUUAUAUACACAUUAUGGAUGUACCUUUAUCAAAUUGAAGUUUAAUAAAUUUAAUUCAUUCAA